GCGGGUUCGUUGGGUGAAGACCUGUGCUCCUGUGCUUCGAUUCUCGCCAUGUCGAUCGUCAUCGACUACUUUCCUGUACAGCUCUCGCUGCCAAAGAAGGUCAUCAUCCGAAACAGGCGCUUGAAUAUUGUGUAUUAUUUGGCGCAUAUUCCAAUCGCGAUCUAUGCCGUCGUGUUCUUUUUCCUCAAUAUGGCGUACACAGAUGAGAUCCCCAACAAUCCCUUCACCUUGAUCAUCUUAAAUCCAGUGGAUGGAACGCCUUUCAUAGGAUAUCAGCUCCAGAACGAUCCGGCGGAACAAGUGCGGAACUACUGCAACGAUGGUGAUGCUGGCACCUAUGUGGCCAACUGCUCAGACCCAGCAGAUGACGAGCUGUGCCAGACGAUGUUCGGUUCGCUCCUGGAUUCGCCCUUCGAAAUUUUUGUGAACUUCCACUGCAGCUACAUGUGCGAAAAAGCGCGCGACGAAAAGUGUUUCCUCCCGCCCUUGGCACUGAUCACAAAAGGUUGCAAUUCUCCCAAGAGUGAGCAGCACUGAUGCAAGACAGAUCGUUGGACAAAAAGCAUCAAGAACAAAUCCAUGCUUGGACUUUCUCACAAUGUGAUCAAACUCUACUAAUAUCACAUGUGUGCUUCAGUUUGGGUCUAUCAUUCCAACAAAUUCACAAGGGACAGUUGACGGCCGUUGGUUUGCUUGUUGGGGGUCCAACCAACGUACACUCCGACUCACUCAUAUCGUCCUUCUAUGGGUGCCUUGUCCACUUCCAUGAGAGUGAGUUCGAGUGGACACGUUCUCGUAUUACGAAGGAACAAAGGGCAUCGCUACUAGGAGCAAGAGGAUGCUACUAGGGGCUCCUGGCCUUACUACUAGGAACAAGAAGCUACUUGGAUCACUCUCCGCUCUCGCAGAGCCCGAAAAACGAUUUGGCGCUGCUCCGUGGGCUUGGGAAAUGGAUCUCAAGGGAUCAAAGGAUCUCGCCGCCGCCCAAUGGGUCGUUUUUGGUUUGGACGGUGUUCAACAGCCCCAGCCUCUGGAUGUGAGGAUGAAAAAAGACACAACCCCUAUCCACUGAGGGUGGACACAGUUUUCAGGCAGCUUUUCGAAGCUUUGAGGAAAGGCAGGAUCUCAAAGCGCGGUGUCGUGGCGAAGGACCCCCGUUCCGAGCGUCUACCACGGAUGGGUUCUUCGUUCCAACAUGUCGUUUUGUGUCGGGCUUCCGACCUCUUCGCGCUCGGAAGACGACGAGAAGCGACGUCGUCCCACCGCCUCUUCCAAGCACGGUCCACGUUGGCGAAGCUCCCGUCUCCACGUCCAGCGCUCCGGUCGACCACGGGUGCCCGAGCGGUGAGCUCCAGGGAGUCAAGAAGUGGAUUUCAUCAUUGGAGAGACCUCCGCAAGCACCGGGCGCAGGCUUUGGUCCAUCCAUGAGGAGGACUACUGGAACGCUGUGGAGAGAGGGCUUGGAGCGCUUGGUGAUGGUGGUGACGGUCCUGUUGGAGAUGGUGGCGCUGGUGGUGACGG